AUGAACAGCGUGCAUGACGGUCACUCAAACUCAUCCACCAGUUCCGUCAACACCGCACAGGCGGGCGCAUGCCCAACUGUUGGCUGUAAAGGUUACGGACACGUCAAGGGCCCUCGCUAUUCGUAUCACCAGCGCGUUUCUGGAUGCCCUUAUGCUGAUGCCAAUUUAAAAAGAGAUGUUAUCCGUCCACACGAAAGACUGGCUUCUAAUAACAUUGCAUCUCCAGUCCCUGACUCGACAUCUGUGCCUCAAAUGCCCCGACUCGAACAAGCUGCCUUACCUUUCAAUAAUACACCCGCCAUGUUGCAGGAUUCUAUAUCCGGACCCUGUCUCUCGCCGGACUCUAGUGUCAAAACUGAUCCUUUUACAUUAUCUGGCGCCAACUCACCUGUGCUUCCCAAUCCCACAUCACAUACGUGCAAUCCACCCCGCACUGGCAAGCACAGUUCACUCACCUCUUGCCCUAUAGUCCCGUCAGUGGAAAUUAACGGUGUUACAGAACCUAUGGCUCCUUCCGGACUCCCCGUUUCGAACGCAUUCACACAUGUUUAUAUGUGCGAUAAACGCAACUCCGAUAGUGUUCCAAAGUGUGAAUUGAAGACCAACACAACUACUUCUGUCAUGCCAUUGGAUUUAUCGUUGGAGCGUGAUAAGGUCGCUUCGGAUGUAAAUAACACUGCUGAAUUGACUCCUUUCAGCGACACUAAGCAGGCCAUUUUGAAACUAAUCAGCGGUGAACAAAACAGUUCAGUCGGCAAAAAGUCGGGCAGUGUAAUUGGCUCACCAAUGGAGUAA